CAAACCCCGGGACGGAGCAGACAGACGCCGGUCUCCAUGUCUUCAGUAUCGGUGUCCUCUCAGGAGGGGCGGAGCAUGUCUAGGAUGUCUCUGAGCCGCUCACCUGUGUCUCCCAUGACCGCCCAGGGCAUCCCGUCUCCUGCCCAGCUCACCAAGGCCAAUGCCCCCGUCCACAUCGAUGUGGGGGGGCACAUGUACACCAGCAGCCUGGCAACGCUCACCAAGUACCCCGAGUCCAGGAUCAGUCGUCUGUUUAACGGCACUGAGCCCAUCGUGUUGGACAGUCUGAAGCAGCACUACUUCAUCGACAGAGACGGAGACAUCUUCCGCUACAUCCUCAGUUUUCUGCGGACCUGCAAACUGCUGCUUCCUGAGGACUUCAAGGACUUCCCCCAGCUGUACGAGGAGGCCCGGUACUACCAGCUGACCCCGAUGGUCCGGGAGCUAGAGCGCUGGCAGGCAGAGCGGGAGGCCCAGCGGGCGUCGCCCUGCGAGUGCCUGGUGGUGCGAGUGACGCCCGACCUGGGCGAGAGGAUCGCCCUGAGCGGCGAGAAGGUCCUGAUCGAGGAGAUCUUCCCCGAGACCGGAGACGUCAUGUGUAACUCUGUGAACGCCGGCUGGAACCAGGACCCCACCCACGUCAUCCGCUUCCCGCUCAACGGAUACUGCAGACUCAACUCCGUCCAGGUCCUGGAGCGUCUGUUUCAGAAGGGCUUCAGCAUCAGGGCGUCCUGCGGCGGCGGCGUCGACUCGUCCCAGUUCAGCGAGUACGUCCUGUGUCGGGACCUGCGGCACAGCCCGUCCAUCACCAGCACCCCGAUCCGGAUCAAACAGGAACCUCUGGACUGAAACAGGGACUACAGACUCUCUACACUCACAUCUGGAUCCUGCAUACGCCUCCACAGCUGGCAGGACGUACACUGAGUUGAGAGACUCUCAGUGACCUUUGACCUCUGCUGUUUUUCAUGUGGAGGCUGGAGUCAUGUGACAGAACCGGACCGGACCCUGAUCAGCUGAUGAUGUGGAUCAUCUGUCCGGUUGUUUUUAUAAACGUGUCCAGAUAAUUUAAUUCUUUUUAUA